GUUUAUAUAAGUGGUCGAGUACGUUGUACCUUCUUGCAUUUCUGCUCAAUCAUUUUCAACGAGGGAUACGCCAUUGAAUUAUCAACGCAAAAAGAAGAUUGAUUUAGCCAAAUAGGCAGGAUAAGAUCGAGGUAGAAGAAGAAGAAAGGAAAGCCAGACCAGGCCAGACAGCUGAUUCAAUUCGUGCCCAUGAGAUGGGUAACUGCCAAGCAACCAUAGAGACCAGUAAUCCAACGACUGUUUUGGUCAUCCAAUUCCCAGCAAAUGGGCGCGUGGAAAAACACUAUUCCCCCCUGUCGGCCCGUCAAGUCAUGACCGCCCAUCCCGGCCACUACGUCGCCCUCCUCCUCACCACCACCACCGCCGCCGCCGCCUUCAAUGCCACCGACAAUAAGAACAACGCCGUACCGGUCCGUAUCACGCGCAUAAAGCUCCUCAAACCAACCGACACGCUUCUCCUGGGACACGUUUAUAGACUAAUGACUGCUCAAGAUAUAGCGAAAGGCUUGCGGGUGAAGAGUGGGUCAAAGAUGAUGAUGAUGAUGAGUCAGCAGCGGCCAUGCUCGAAUAAGUUCAAAGAAAAAUCAAUCACUUCAGAUUCAAACAGCGGAUUAGUGCAUAAGAACCAACAGGUAAAGGAUGAAAAGCAUAGGUACUCAUCUGGCAGAUGGCAACCCUCACUACUGAGCAUCUCAGAGGCAGCAGGAAGCUAAUAGAUGUAUAAUGACUAGUCAUUUUUAUGUACUACUAGUAGCUUUCUUUAAUUUGUAUCAUAUCCUGGAAUAUUUUUACAGCACCUUUAAAUCUCCCCCACACCUUAAAAGAAAGGGCUUUAGCCUAAGUAAUGGCGAUCAGAUCUGAUUAUUAGACAUGUAUCAACAAUACCUCAAAACUUGAUCUACUCUUUUCACUCUCAGUAUGGAGAUGACAACAGCUUUGUGUACAUCGCAG